AGGUGUGCCUACGUCAUCAUCCUCAUGGCCGUGUACUGGUGCACGGAGGUCAUCCCCCUGGCCGUCACCUCCCUCAUGCCGGCCUUGCUCUUCCCGCUCUUGAAGAUUCUGGACUCCAAGCAGGUGUGUAUCCAGUACAUGAAGGACACCAACAUGCUGUUCUUGGGCGGCCUCAUCAUGGCCGUGGCCGUGGAGCGCUGGAAUCUGCACAAGAGGAUAGCCCUGCGCACGCUCUUGUGGGUGGGGGCCAAGCCAGCACAGCUGAUGCUGGGCUUCAUGGGCGUCACGGCCUUUCUCUCCAUGUGGAUCAGCAACACGGCCACCACGGCCAUGAUGGUGCCCAUCGUGGAGGCCAUGUUACAGCAGAUGGAGACCGCCGGCUCCGCCGAGGCCGGCCUGGGGGCCCUGGAGCUGGCAGACAAGGGCAGGGCCAGCCAGCUGCCAGGGAGCCAAGUGACCUUCGAAGGGCCCCCCGAGGGGCUGCGGGCCGACCGCGACCGGAGGAGCGUGCGCAAGGCCAUGACCCUGUGCGUGUGCUACGCGGCCAGCAUCGGAGGGACCGCCACACUGACAGGGACGGGGCCCAACGUGGUGCUCCUGGGCCAGAUGCGCGAGUUGUUUCCAGACAGCAAAGACCUGGUGAACUUCGCCUCCUGGUUUGGCUUUGCCUUUCCCAACAUGCUGGUGAUGCUGUUGCUGGCCUGGCUGUGGCUCCAGUGCGUCUAUAUGAGGUUCAGUUUUAAGGCGUCCUGGGGCCGCGGGCUGGAGAGCAGGCACCACGAGAAGGCCGUGUGUGAGCUGCUGCGGCGGGAGUACAGGAAGCUGGGGCCGUUCUCCUUCGCCGAGGCCAACGUCCUGCUCUGCUUCCUCCUGCUGGUCGGCCUGUGGUUCUCCCGGGACCCCGGCUUCAUGCCCGGCUGGGUGUCGCUGGCCUGGGAGGAGGGCGAGACAAAGUACGUGUCUGACGCCACCGUGGCCACCUUUGUGGCCACCUUGCUGUUCGUAGUGCCUUCGCAGAGGCCCCAGUUCAACUUCCGUGGCCAGACGGAGGAGGAAAGGAAAGCUCCAUUUUAUCCCCCUGCGCUGCUGACCUGGAAGGUGACCCAGGAGAAAGUGCCCUGGGGCAUCGUGCUGCUGCUGGGGGGCGGCUUCGCACUGGCCAAAGGAUGUGAGGCCUCGGGGCUGUCGGAAUGGAUGGGGGAGCAGAUGGAACUCACCUACUCUGUGCCCCUCGGCGCGCCACAAUACCUGAUCGUCUCUCUGCUGCUGUUGCCGUUCACCGAAAAGUGCACGAGCAAUGUGGGCCAACACGACUUACCCCUGCCCAUUCGCCCAUGAUCACGUUCCAUCGGCCUCAACCCGCUGUACGUCAUGCUGCCCUGCACCCUGAGCGCGUCCUUUGCCUUCAUGCUGCCCGUGGCCACCCCGCCCAAUGCCAUCGUGUUUGCUUACGGACACCUCAAGGUUUCUGACAUGGUGAAAACAGGACUCAUGAUGAACAUAAUCGGAGUCUUCUGUGUAUUUCUGGCUGUCAACACGUGGGGACGGGUCAUCUUUGACUUGGACCAUUUCCCUGACUGGGCUAACCUGACACACGCGGAGACCUAG